GUCCUGGAAGUGUUCAGCUCAGAAUCACAUAGCUUGGGGUCGCCAGGUGCAGGCAACCAGUCUCUAAGCGCCGACGCAGCGUCCAUCCGUGACAACAAGCGACGCAGAUUCGAGACUCAUCCCGGCCAUGCAGCGAUGACCGAGAUGAGACAAACGCAGUGUAGAGACUCAAAAACAGCACCCCUUACAAAGCUAACUAUAGAUCUCAUCAACACAUACAAGCACAUCAACGAGGUGUACUACCAGAAGAAGAAGCGGAAACACAAGAGCAAGGGAAGUGAGGAGAUGAACAACAAGAAGGAGAAAUGUCUGUACAACGACGGUUACGACGAUAAACACUACGAUUAUAUCAUAAAACAGGGAGAGAUCUGGAACGAAAGGUAUCAGAUAGAGGGUUUAAUAGGCAAAGGGUCGUUUGGGCAAGUUGCUAAAGCGUACGAUUUGGUAGAUCAAGUAGCUGUUGCUAUCAAGAUAAUAAAAAACCGAAAACUAUUCCUGAAUCAAGCUAAAAUUGAGGUAUCUUUACUGGAGAUGAUGAACAAAGCUGAGGCAGAAAUGUCCGACACGUCCCUUAUCGUCAAGCUGAAGUGCAACUUUGUUUUCAGAAAUCAUCUUUGUCUUGUUUUCGAACUUCUCUCCUUUAACUUGUACGAUUUGUUGAAGAAUACUGAUUUUAACGGGGUAACCCUCAAUCUUACGAGAAAGUUUGCCACACAGUUGGGAAAAGCGCUAACGUUUCUAAAUAAGAUGGAGAUAAUCCACUGUGACCUAAAACCGGAAAACAUUCUGCUCUGUAAUCCAAAGCGGAGUGCUAUUAAGAUCAUUGACUUCGGUAGCAGUUGUCAGUAUGGUCAGAGGAUAUUCCAGUAUAUUCAGUCACGGUUCUAUAGGUCACCGGAGGUAUUGCUAGGUUUGCAGUACAGUAUGGCUAUUGAUGUGUGGAGUUUGGGCUGUAUAUUAGUCGAAAUGCACACUGGAGAACCACUUUUUGCUGGACAGAAUGAGUUUGACCAGAUGGUAAAGAUUGUAGAGGUACUAGGACUGCCCCCUGCGGGACUCCUCGACAAAGCCCCAAAAACUAGAAAGUUCUUUGAUCGGCUUCCUGACGGAACAUACGUCUUGAAGAAGAACCCGAACCCUUCCAGCAAGGAGCCGUUAUCACCCGGUAGUAGAACCCUGCACAAGAUACUGGGAGUAGAAACGGGAGGGCCCGGUGGAAGACGCGCCGGUAAACCUGGCCACUCAGUUGCAGACUAUACCAAGUUUAAGGACCUCUUGCUGCGCAUGUUGGAGUAUGACGCCGAGAAACGCAUCAUCCCCACUGAGGCUCUGGAACACCGGUUUUUCAAGUCGUGCGCGGAGGAGAGUCAUGGUAGCCAUAGGGGAGAAGGUAACUCUGAUACAGCAAGUACGGUUCAGUUGUACAGCGGCGCAUCCUUCGUCCGCAACCACUCGAUCAGUAGCAGCAGCGCCAGCCAAAGCUGCAGUAACAUCACCUCUUCAGUACCCAAACGGCGACACACGGUGCAAGGUAGCACCACACUGGACAACAGGAAAAUGAGCGUGGACUCGAGUAUAUCGUACAAUCAGAUGUGUCUUGGCAUCCCAGUCAAUUCCAUCAGCAUGGACAUGUCACGUGACUUCUCAAUUUCCAAUCAGAACUCCGUGGCGGUGUCACGUGACUAUCCGGUCGCCCCCACCGCCUCUCAGAAUCAGAAUACCGAGCCCGAUAGGACUGUAAGUGCGAAAGAGCAACAAUGUCGGCGCCGGUCGACGCGGAACUCGCUGCGCACGGAAAACGGGACGAUGAACACGGCCGGUAACGGCAGUCCAAUGCACGUGGGCGUUUGUGUUAAGCAGUAACUUAUUAUUCAUAUAUAAUAUAUUAUAUAUAAAAGCAUAUAAUAUACAACACACGUUAGGUUGCCUCCUGCCGGGGAGGGAUCAGGUACCUGAUCCCUCCCCGCUCCUGCAGUCACUUUGCGUGUUUUUUAUUUUAGCUCUCAGAGUAAAAAUGUUUACAAUUUUAAAGUUGAACGGUUACUGCGCGGUGAUCUCACGAAUUGUUUAUGAUUAUAAUACAAGCGAAUUUACAGUCGUUAUUUCUCUUCGCUCUUAUAGUACACUGGGGUUGGUUAGGAAGGUCAUAUUUAUUUUUAUACCUUAGUCUCACAGAUAGAUAUUGGUAAUUUCUUGUAACACCUCUUGGUUAGUUUUUUAAACCGUAGUGGACUUGGUUCUCCGGGAAAAUGGUUUUUUAAUGAAAUAUGCGGUUAAUUAUUUAAAGGGGAUAGUAUAUACUUUUCUGGAUAUUUUCUAAUGUGUAAAAAAUGCAUUCAAUUCUGAAAGAGAACAAGAGCUUUGGCGAGUAGCUUGCAUACAGAUUAAGUACAUUUGGUUCGGAAGAUGGAGACAUAGUUUAAUUGCGAUAUAUAAUUUCUGAGUUGAGUAUCAUGAUCAUAAUUUCAAUUUUUAACUUGAGUUUAAAAUUUUUGGAAGUACCUUGACCAUUUUUCUGCUUAUUUAUUGUCCACGUCUUAUUUAUGAACACGUUGAUGCCCUUAUAUGGUAUCACUUCCUGUCCCUACAUUAUGAUAACCAACUUCGUACCCGGAAUGAAUAACACGAUAAUUUUGUUUUUUAAUGCAAUUAUAUUAUUAAGUUAACACGAGGGGACUUUCUGUGCACACCUUAGUAAAAGGGAACGUUACAUAUUUAUCUUAAUUAAGUGUUUUUUAGUUAAGUGUUGUCUGUAUAUACUUCUUUCGAAUAAUUGUAGUGAAGAUAGUUCUCAAGAUGGACCGUCCUGCUGAAAUACCGUUACCGGUAUUCUAACUGCAAUUAGCAUGUUUCAAAAUUCCAACCUUUACAGUACUGAAUAUCCAGCACUUCAGACUGCUCCACCAAAAAUUACAUCUACCUGAAACAUAUAAAAUUGAUUUUCAGAAAUUUGUGAUGGAACUUACACGGGUGGCUGGCUAUCCUGAGACUUUCUUUAUCUACGGUUACACACUUGGGCCGUUUUACUCCGGUUAUGGAGUGCUAUUUUUAAAGACUACGUUGCGAUUGAAAAUUCAGUAAUGUUAUUAAUGAUUAACAAUUUUAAAUUAAAGACUGACAUUGGUAUCUGCACGAGAGGCUGUUCUUGUGAAUUUAAGAACCUUAGGAAUUUCCACAUGCAUUCUAAAAACUAGCUCCGAAGACAAAUUGUGUUUACAUGAAGUGGCAGAAACCUUUUCAAUGUUAAAAUAAUCCGAUGAAACUUUCGAUACAGAACCCACUCUUAUAAAUUUUAUCUCACCAUCUUCUAACUUAUUUGAUUUCUUCAUGACAUGUUUAAGUAAGAAUUACAUUAUCAUGUAUGAUGUACAUGGUUAUGAGAUUACAAUUAUGCAUUACAUAGAUUAAUUACGAAUUAAUGCGAAACAA